AUGGCACCGACGCAGCUCAGCAUUGUGCUGGAGCGCCUGCUCAACGAACUCGGGGAAGCCGACUUCAGUACGCUCGAGGCCAUGCUCAAGCACGAUACAGGCGCAUUGCUCGACGCGAUCCGAAGCACCACUGCAGCCGCAGAGGCUGGUGCGGCGGUUUAUGCCAGCUCGGCCACGAGCAAUGUUGUUGUGUGCCCAAGCAGCACUGCUACCGCUGGCGUAAUCUCUGGUCAGCACAACGGCAGCAUCUCCCGCACUCUCGUCAGCACAGACGCGCAAACCACACUAAAGGGCUCGGUCAUCCAUGCAGCCGCGAGUAGUGCGAGUGCUGAGGUGCUGCUCCGGCAGGAGUUGGAAGAGAAGCUGCGGUCACAGACCAAGGAGCUCGCUUCUGAGCAGCGCUCUGCGAGCGCUGUGAAGAAGGCGCUCGCGUCGGCGCGGGCUGAGCUUGCUGCGGCACAAGAGCUUAGGCGUUCCGACCGCGACAGCCUGAGGACAGCGCAGCAGGCUACUAAACGCGACAUCAAAGCGGCCGAGCGGAUGGCUGACGAGGCAAAAAACGCAGCUCGAGCUGAGUGUGAGUGGCGUAUCGGCGAGAUGCGGGCCAAGAUGCAGGCCGAGCUGCGCGAGCAGCUCGACGCGCUGCAGAUUUCGAUGGAGGCAGAGGCGAGGCGCGCUGAUGCCGCAAAGGCGGAGAGGUCAAGGCUGUACGACAAGAUGGAGGGGAUUAUAUGCGCACGCGAGAGAGGUUGA